AUGUUCAAUAAAAAAUUUCCUCUUUAUAGUCAUAUCAAUCGUAAUGUGGUGCACCCCAGCAUUUCAUUAGAUCCUGUUGAGUGUAGACAAAACACCGCCGUAGAAAUAGUCGAACUGAAUAACUCUUCAGACGACUGUGGAGAUAAUACAGACAAUAGUUUUAACUACGAACCCGAAAUUCAUCCAUGGUCAUUUAUUAGUCAAGAUCUAUACUCUGAUGAAGAUAGUUACAGGAUAAAUAAAACAGCCAGAGAGAGACGGCGUUUUAAAGAAUCUACGGACGGUUUAGCGAAUACCACUAGCAAUCAAGAGCGUGGCCCUGAACAAACCUAUCCCAGUUUUUACUGCUUUGAACGAGAUAAUUCAAAAUAUCACGACUACAAGUCAUAUGCUAAUCGACAAGUGAAUUGUUUCACUAUCCCAAAUAAUUUGGGAACAUCAAGCACUUCGUCGGACGAUCAAAAUGUUGACAUUGAUAGAAUACAAUGUGGCGAUACAAACCCAAAUCGGAAUUUUGAUAAAAACACUGAAUAUGAUGAAGUAUAUUUCUCACAAGAUGCUGACACAGAUAAAAGAACAAUUUGGAUUUAUUCCUUUAAAAAUAGACGAACUUUAUCAGAAAAUGAUUACAUUCUAACAAAUAUGCCAAGUAAGGAUUCAAGUAGUUGUACUAGCUCCACGGACGAUUUAGAAUUAGAGCCAACUAAAGAAAGCCAAAGUACUCGAUUAGCGACUCCGAUUCCUUUUAUACCCCGGCUUAAUUUAAACUUAACCUCAACUCUUCCUACACUUACCGAAGUUAUAGAACCAACGAAACAUUCCUCUUGUGCUACAGACAUCAAUCCUGCGCAGGCAUUUCAAACCACACCUCCUUUAGUAACUAAUGUGACAAAUAAUAAUCUAAAAACUAAUUUCAAUGAAAACUCUUUUUCACCAAGAAUUCAAAAACUAAGCAAUGCAGAUCAUAUAGCAGAAAAGGUAUACUGCGAACCAACAGUUAUAAUCAGUAGUAGAUCAGAUCAAAUAGCCAACGAACAGAGUAACAGAAGGGACGUUCAAGAUAAUGAUACAUUACUCCUUGAAAAGCCGCACAUUAAGAUAUGUCUAAAGCCUUUGUCGAAGGAUUGUGAAAUAUCAGAUCCAAUAGAAAAAUUAGAAGGGAAUUGGAUCGGUGAAAACAUAACAGCACACAGUGAUCCACCAAUAGUUUACCAACUCGAUUUACCUCCACGAAAGUCGCCGCCUCCAACUCCAAAAAAAGAAAUCGAAAAUACUUUCUUCAUAAAUAACUUACCUCUAUUGAAACCAGCUGAGUGGAACGAAUAUAUGCCUAUAACAGACAGCAUGCCCUCCAUAGAACUCAGCAUUAUAAGUAAUGUAGAUACGAAAAAAUCAUGGUUCAUGAAGUUAUUUAAGUGCGUUAGAUGUUUAAAGGAUUAA